AUGUCACUAUCACUGUCAAUUCAUGCUGAAUAACGAAAGUAAUUUGUUUGCCAACAAGUUAAUGAGCUAUAAGCUCUAUUUCAUAAAUGGAUCAAUUCCAACAAUCUUAAUGAAGACAUGCAUUAAGUUUUAGAAAAUGAGGUCAAACUCUAUCAAUAACACCUCAUUAUCAAGGAUCAAAACCAAUUAUAAGAAAAGAAGAGUCGUCAGUUUUCAAAACUGUCUAACAUAAAUCUUAAAGAUUGGCUGUAUAAACAUUUUUCAUAUCCAUCUCCAACAAAGGAAUAAACAAUAUAAUUGUCUGAAAAGAGCAAUCUUACCUGCAAAUAGGUAUUCUUAAGAAUUUAACAAUUAGAUUUAAAUUUGGUUUAUUAAUUCAAGAGUUAGAAUAAACAACAAAACCUAUGA